AUGGCAGUACGACCUGAGUUUGAGCAUCCAAGGAAGGCCUUCGGAUUGGCAGCUAGAGACGCAUCUGGCCUUCUCUCCCCUUUCAACUUCUCUCGAAGAGAAACCGGAGAGAAAGAUGUGAGAUUCAAGGUGAUGUAUUGUGGAAUAUGCCAUACCGACCUCCACAUGCUCAAGAACGAUUGGGGCAUCUCCGCCUAUCCCCUUGUACCUGGGCACGAGAUUGCUGGUGUGGUGACAGAGGUGGGAAGCAAGGUUGAAAAAUUCAAAGUUGGAGACAAGGUUGGUGUUGGAUACAUGGUUGGAUCCUGCCGCUCCUGUCAAAGCUGUUCUGACGACCUCGAGAAUCAAUGCUCAGAGCAAAUAUUUACUUCUGGUUCAAAGUAUGUGGAUGGGACUAUGACACAUGGAGGCUACUCGGACUCUAUGGUUGCAGACGAACACUUUGUGGUUCGUAUUCCAGAUGCUUUGCCUCUUGAUGUUGCGGCUCCUCUGCUUUGUGCUGGGAUCACAGUUUAUAGCCCUUUGAGGUACUUUGGUCUAGACAAGCGAGGCCUUCAUGUGGGUGUGGUUGGUCUUGGCGGCCUUGGCCAUAUGGCUGUCAAGUUCGCCAAAGCUUUUGGGGCUAAGGUCACUGUCAUCAGUACAUCUCCUAACAAAAAGAAGGAAGCCAUUGAACAUCUCGGAGCUGACUCCUUUAUUGUCAGCCGCGAGCCAGAUCAGAUGCAGGCUGCGAUGGGAACUUUGGAUGGGAUCAUUGACACAGUUUCUGCACAGCAUCCUCUUGGGCCUUUGAUUGGUCUGUUGAAGUCUAAUGGGAAACUUGUAUUGCUGGGUGCACCUGAAAAGCCUCAGGAGCUGCCGGUGAUCCCUUUACUUGUGGGGAGAAAGAUGGUGGCUGGGAGUUCUGUGGGAGGGCUGAAGGAAACGCAAGACAUGGUGGAUUUUGCUGCCAAGCACAACGUGAAACCUGACAUAGAAGUUAUUCCAGUGGAUUAUGUGAACACUGCAAUGGAACGUCUCCUCAAAGCUGACGUCAAAUAUCGUUUUGUGAUUGACAUUGGCAACACAUUGGAGCCCACAACGUCUUAGAUUUGCAUGAUUUAAGUGGAAAUAUAAUGGCUAGAGGGAGAGAACAAUUUAUACUUCCUGAGAGUUCACUUUUGGUGCUGUGAUAAUAAAUCAUUUGUGCUGUGUUAAUUUUUAA